AUUUACAAACCUUGUGCGAGUCGGUUCGAUUGAAUCAUUGCAAUGAACAGACUCAAAUGAACGAUUCGAAUGAAUAUUUAGUCCACGCAGUAAUUGCGCAUUCCUUUUGGCUUCCUGAAGUAACUAUUUGUCGGAAAGGGUCCAUCAUCACUGCACCACUAGCUAUGAGUUUACAGAUGUUUCCCGGACUGUCUUGAAAUAAAGUGUCUUUCCUGACCUCCACAUUGCUGUCGGAAUGUCCUCCAUAGACCCCUAUCAGUACAUCAUAGUUGAGCAUCAGUAUUCUCAUAAAUUGAAGGUAAAUGUGGCGAGAGCUGAAAAUGUGACGAAAGGAGCAUUUGGGGAUUUAUUGGACACCCCUGACCCUUAUGUGGAGCUGUCCAUUCCAACCACACCAGAGUCAAGAAAACGAACACGCCACAUAAAUAAUGACAUUAACCCGACAUGGAAUGAAACAUUUGAGUUCAUACUGGAUCCCAAUCAACACAAUGUUUUGGGGAUGACACUGAUGGAUGCUAAUUAUGUCAUGGAUGAAACCCUGGGCUCAGCUAAAUAUUCCCUUUCAAAGCUCAAAGUGGGGCAGAUGGAGCACGUGACCCUACCUAUUGGCAAGACGACAAAAGUGUUCCUCGACUUGUUCUUAGAAGUGUGUGCGUCCACAGACUUGCGCUUCAGCAUGGCUCUGUGCGAUCAGGAGAAACUCUUCAUGCAGACGCGCAGGGACCGAGUUAUGCUCAGCAUCAAGAAGCUUCUUAAAAUGGAAAACCCUCGCUUCCUUCCAGCCUCACCUAGAGAGGUUCCCACCAUCGGCAUUUUGGGUUCUGGAGGUGGUUUCCGUGCCAUGGUUGGCUUCUCUGGUGUAAUGAAGGCUCUGUAUGAAUCUGGGGUGCUUGACUGUGCAACAUACGUGGCAGGACUUUCUGGAUCAACAUGGUAUAUGUCCAUGCUGUACUCGCACCCUGAAUUUCCCGCUAAAGGCCCAGGGGAUAUUAAUAAGGAGCUGAUGAACAGAGUCAGCAAUAGCCCACUCAAACUGCUCCUGCCCCAAAACAUCAAUCGCUACGUCAAAGCACUGUGGAAGAAGAAAUCGGCCGGACAGCCUGUCACUUUCACUGACAUCUUCGGGAUGUUGAUCGGAGAGACUCUGAUUCCGGGGAGAAUGGACGCUAAACUGAGCUCCAUGCAGACGAAGAUUAAUGAAGGUCAGAGCCCCCUUCCUCUCUUCACUUGUCUGCACGUCAAACCUGAUGUCUCUGAGCUCAUGUUCGCCGACUGGGUGGAGUUCAGUCCGUAUGAGAUUGGCAUGGCCAAAUAUGGCACCUUCAUGUCUCCAGGGCUCUUUGGAAGCAAGUUCUUCAUGGGCAGCGUUGUUAAACAAUAUGAGGAGAACCCCUUGCAUUUUCUCAUGGGUGUAUGGGGCAGUGCUUUCUCCAUCCUGUUUAACCGGGUUCUGGGGGUGAAGGAGACGACCAGUAGCAGCACAAUGGAGGAGGAGCUGGAGCAAAUUAAACCCGAGCAUAUUGUGGGUGAUGAUUCAGCAGAUAACGAGGAGGAAACUCAAAGGGGAGGCACAGAGAGCGCAGAGGCAGAAGAUGAGCGGCAGCGUCAUGCCCAGGCGAGCUGGGUUCAGCGCAUGCUGACCUCCAUAAUGGGAGACACUACCCUGUUCACCACACGUGAGGGCCGUGCCGGCAAGGUGCACAAUUUCAUGCUGGGACUCAACCUAAACUCUACCCUGCCCUUCUCUCCCUUCAGUGGCCUCAUGCACCAGAACUCAGUGGAUGAAGAGGUUGAUGCUGUUACAGAUCCUGACGAGUUUGAGCGAAUCUAUGAGCCCUUAGAUGUGAAGAGUAAGAAAAUCCACAUAGUGGACAGCGGUCUGACCUUUAACCUGCCCUAUCCUCUCAUUCUGCGGCCACAGCGAGGAGUUGACCUCAUCAUUUCCUUCGACUUCUCAGCCAGGCCCAGUGACUCCAGCCCACCAUUCAAAGAGCUACUGUUAGCUGAAAAAUGGGCCCGUAUGAAUAAGCUGCCAUUCCCUAAGAUCGAUUCGAAAGUAUUUGACCGAGAGGGUCUGAAAGAGUGCUAUGUGUUCAAACCCAACAAGGGAGAAAAGAGCUGCCCCACUGUCAUUCAUUUUGUCUUGGCCAACAUCAACUUUCGGAACUUUAAAGCCCCAGGAGUUCCUAGAGACACAGACAAGGAGAUAGAGUUUGCAGACUUUGACAUUUUCGACGAUCCAGCCUCUCCCUUCUCCACUUUCAACUUCCAAUACUCCAACCAGGCCUUCAGGAGGCUUCAUGACCUCAUGGAGUUCAACACGCUGAACAACAUCGAGGUUAUAAAAGAAGCAAUUAAAGACAGCAUUCUGCAGCGACGAGAGAACCCCUCACGCUGCUCCGUUUCCCUGUUACUCAAUGAAAUUGAAAACAAGAAGUUCCUGAAACGAGAUACCAGCAAUGCAAAACGACACACCUAACAGAUAGCUGCAAAAAGCUAUGCAAAAGCUGAGACUGUGUUGGUCCACUGGUGCUGAUUUCUCAUUUCAUGAGAAUCACUGAGCAGAUUCAUCAGACAAGACUGGACUGACCUUAUUAUAUGGAGCCAAAAGA